UACAAAAAAAUGUCCCCAAGGUGGAAAUCAGAUGCAACAUUUGAAGAUAAAAAUUCGGCCGUAGCUGCUGAUGAACAAGACCCUUUGAUCUCGAUUAGAGACCGUCAACAAUACAAUUCGAUAGGUUCAUCAAGUUCUAUUCAGAAAAACAGACAUAAUGAUGAGCUCAGUACUGCUCCCAAAACUCGUUGUGAUACGCUUGUAUCACAUCUCCGGUCCUUCAGAGUCAAACACAGAGAAUUUUUAGCCGAAUUUAUUGGUACUAUGAUCCUUAUCUUGUUAACUUGUGGUAUCUCUGCAGAAGAAACAUUGAGCAUAAGUACCCACAAGUCUUGGUUAACAUCAUCUUUGGGAUCUGGUCUUUCGGUACUUGUCGCUGUUUGCAUAGCCGGUCAUGUAUCAGGUGCACAUAUCAAUCCUGCUGUCACAAUUACUUUCUGGGCUUUUAGCGGAUUUCCAACUCGUAAGGUCCCAGUUUAUAUUGCUGCCCAAUUUACUGGAGCUUUUGCAGGUGCAGCAUUAUUAUACACGAUUAUUGAACCCGCGGUAUCACAAUUUGAUCACGGCCAACGUCAGAUCUUGGGUGAGUUCGGUACAGCCGGUAUUUUCGGAACAUACCCACCCUUGUAUGUAGGGAUCGGAUCAGCUGUUGCCUCUGAAGUGAUUGGUACAGCACUUUUACUGCUUGUUGUGAUGGUAUCCGGUCAUCCUAACAAUUUGCCUUUCCGUACGGCUCAAGGUGUCAUGAUCGCUGCAGGUGUGAUGACAAUUUGUCUAGGUUUGGGUUAUACUUCUGGAUUCUCCAUCAACCCUGCCCGUGAUUUUGGACCCCGUUUAUUUACAGCGGUUGCCGGCUGGGGUAUGGACGUAUUUACUGUGCAUCAUUACUACGCAUUUGUGCCUAUGCUCGCUCCUAUUCUUGGUGGUCUCAUUGGUGGUCUCGUCUUCACCGCCUUUAUCGAUUAGUCCAAACCAGAUACCUUUUCUUAUCAAUAAAUUAUUCCCUGUCUUUUUACAAACAA